AUGAUUAAACUCAAGCUGCACACAGACAAGAAACAGAAUACAGUAGAAAGAAGGCCAAAGAUCAAGGUAAAACCUCCAAUAAAUAAACCUGAGUCUACAGUUAUUCCUAGAAUUAGGGUCAAGCCAACAAGAAUAGCAGGAGAUGGAUAUGACUCAGAGGAUCCAGACAGGGAGGAUGAUCCUACCACCGAAGAGGCCAUAGUGAUGCGUAUAGUACCUAACGACUACUCUUUAGAAUAUGUCAAAAAGUGUGUGGAGCAGGGAGAUUUUAGUGAGAUCAGCCUUCAGUGGAAAGAUAAGAGAAGAGCUGUCUUGCGAUUGAAAGACAGAUUAUAUGGGGCCAAAUUGGUGGACUUGCCAACAAUGGUAGAAAUCCAUAAAACGAUUGACAGAAAGAAUAUAUUCAAGACCAUGGAUGUCUCGCAGAUUCUACUUGUCAUCAAGGAACUGAAAUACGAAUCUGAAUACUUGGAUAUUCAACUGACGGCUAGCGAAACGUUUGAUGAUGGAUUGACACCUCCUUUGCGAGGCGUAAAGAAACGUUUUGAUAAGAGAAUGACCAGUAAAGUUUUUCAAAUUAUCGAAGAGCAGGUGGAUGAAUUGUUUCGUUUAGACGAGGAAGCUGAAGCCAGUAAGUACGAGCUAGUUGAUACGGAGGCCGGUACGAUUCCUUCCUUUGACGCAGAUGCUAGUACACCGAAUACAAAGGAAUUUACUGUAAGGGGCCACCUUGAUGUAGAAGACAAUGAAGACUUAGAACUAGAGCUAGAACAAGCAUUUCAGCAGCAGUCAGACACACCGUUGAAUCCUCAACAGCGGUCGAAGGGAGGCCGAAAGACGAAUGACAGCGAUGCCCACGUUCGUUUCUACGAGCAGGAGGAGGAGGAUGACGAGGAUGAAGAGACUUUUGAGCUGAAGCGGGUGUGCUCUGCAGAAGCAAAAGUAGAAGAGGGAGAAGAAGAAGCAGAAGAGGAAACAGAAGAGACAGAAGACGAUGAAGAUGACGACGAUGAAGAAGUCGUUGGAGGAAAGGAAAUUAUCUCUGGCCAGAGAGCUGGAAUCGAUGAGAGACUCACACACACUCAAAUUAUUAAGGAAGAAAUUGAGGAGUUACAGGCUACGAUUGGCUUGAAACAGAGUGAUUUUAACAAAGCAAGCAAUCCGAUAAUGAAGAACAGAAUCUCUGAUGUGAUCGGUAGGCUAAAGGCAGAACUUGAAACCAAACUGAGACAAGUUGAGAUGGAACAAAAAGAACAACAAAAUAACAGCAAUGUCACAUCCCAUAAUAUAUAUCAACAAAGAGAAUUGGAUGAGGAUGAGGAUGAGGAUGAUGAUGAGGAUGGGGAUGAAGAUGACGAUGAUGACAUGGAAGAUUUAUUCUAG